GUGAAAGGCUAUGAGGGCCUCUGCGUCUUAAUAUGAGCUCCGUAGGCGCACUUCUACUAUCAAAACACUUGGGAAAACCAACUUCAUGUCGACAUGAAAACGCAAAUUUGAAGAUUUCACGCAAAUCUUCAGCGAAAUUCUCUGCUUCGACUCUGAGCACUCUUACGCGCGCGAGGAGCUCUACGAGGGACCCGGCUCAAGCUCUACAAGGCUCAAGGCUCCGCGAACGUUCAUUUUCUCCUGCCUGGGGAACCUCCGCGAAGGUGAACGUUGAGCUAGCGUGUUGUUUUGCUCUGCUUACGCAACUGCCCAUCUCCCUGUACAUCUUGCUUGUCAUUGUUUGCCUCUCAUAUUCAUUUCUCGUUGCGGUUUGGUGGUGGCAAUUUGUAUACGCGGACUUGUUCCUCACUGCCUAGAGUGGUGCUCGUAAUACAUAUUGCUUGUAAUUGUCUGCCUCUCAUACUCAUUUCUCGUUGCGGUUUGGUGGUGGCAAUUUGUAUACGCGGACUUGUUCCCCACUGCCUAGAGUGGUGCUCGUAAUACAUCUUGCUUGUCAUUGUCUGCCUCUCAUACUCAUUUCUCGUUGCGGUUUGGUGGUGGCAAUCUGUAUACGCGGACUUGUUCCUCACUGCCUAGAGUGGUGCUCGUAAGUCUCGUUUCUUCCAGAUCUGCCUUGAGUGGAUUGCAUAGUGAUCUCUUUCGAGUGCGGGUAGCACAUUGAAUUCAUUGUGUGACAAUUGUACUUGUUCCUUCCUCUAUUCUCUUUGCUUCGUCGCCACAUUUCUGACUGAAUGCCGCCCUGCUUCCUGCUAGCGACUGGGCCUGACGGCCCGCAUAGUCGAUCGCAAAGACAGCAAAAAGACCAGGUUCCCGGCGGAGGAGUUCUACGAGGUCUUCAGAUCGUGGGAUGUGAAGGGAAUGGUCUACCGUGUCGAAGGACUCUACGGGUCCAGGCGUAAGGAGCUCAUCAUCAGCCACUUCCUCUGGGCUGACAAUGUCUAUCUUGUAGCCGGCUCGUCUGCAGACCUCAGGAGCAUUAUGCACGAUCUAACUCUACCACUUGAUUCUUUCGGCAUGGCGUGGAAGGCGUCAUCGCUUCUCUUCAUGACAUGUGGCCUUGCACCUCGCUGUAAUGCGGAUGGCGUCAUCGUACCUGAGGAGGAUCUCAUUGUAGCCACGCCUGAGGUCUUGCGCUUCAGAAGAGUUUCAUCGAUGAAUGUGCUCGGGGCCGAGAUCCAUUCUGAGUUCAAUACUCCUACUCAUCCCGAUUUUGAUUAUCGUCUGUCCAUGGCACGUAAGAGCUUCUUCGGCAUGUCCAACUAUUUCCGAUUUUCUGCUGUGAGUUUUCGUGAUAAAUUCUGGAGCUAUCAGGAGAAGGUACAGGGGAUUGCCAUGUACGGUAUUGAGGGUAUGACGCUCGACAACCAUUCUCUGCAGCGUAUGCACUCCUUCGAGGGGCUCUGUCUUUGCAAAAUGUUCACUUGUCCCAGGGGACCUGAGGAGGAUGUUUCCACUUGGAAUCGGAGGAGGUACGCGGAGGCUAGGAGGAAAUUUAAGGAGUUGGGUUUCGCUUCCUUGGCGCAGAGGUUUCGUCGUGUUUCCUGGACCUUGGCCAAAGACAUGUGCGAGUUUAUCCAUGUGCUCGAUGUGGAUACAUAUGAUGAAUGGAGGGGUGCUGAUCGAACUUGGCGUGAUGUACGUGCGUGCUUGUGUGCAGAUGGUGUGCGGGGGGAUCGUAUACGUACGGAUGCCUCGGAGUUCCUGCGCAUGAAUUUCUGCUUUCGGGAAUCCAGUCAGAUGAAACGCCAACGGGGAGGGGGCUUGGCUAUCGGACAACGACAUUGGACCCACACGUUUUCGGAGUUCUUCGGCCCCAAGUGGUGGGAAGGAUUCCGUGCUACGCCUGGGACCUUUGAGCAGUUCGCCGCACGCGUGUGUUCACGGGAUAUGCUUGAUUGUUUCCAGAUCCGUGCUAAAGCUCUCAGUCAUCCUCGGGUUGCUGGUGAGGUCUAUAUCCAAACGCAGCAGGAACUUCAGGAGUAUGGAGUUGAGGAGGGAUCACAACUUGCCAAUGAUCGUCUUGCUAAACGACUUGCUGUACACACGUCCAAAUGGGAAAAUGCCGAGUGGGAUCUUGAGGCCUCCGGGGUCCCCAUAAGUAUCCAUGGAGAUAGUCUUUUGGUUGUAUCAUGGUGCCAGGGGUACUGGAAAGUCAGCAACAAAGAUUUUCAGAGAAGAGUUGACAGGAUGAUUAGCUGUCUGGAUGGUAUGUCUUUUAUGUUUCAUAUUCGCCCAUUUGCUCCUGGACGAGAUCUGAUCGAACACUGCUUCAGGGAAUGGAAUACAAGGGCGGACGUGCUCACUCAUACUGCCCGUGAGGGCAUCGACAUAUUUCAGGAUCGUAUCGGGCAGGAGCCCAAUGAGUUCUCGAGUCUUUACAGGUAUUGUGCCAUCGACUGUGGCUUCGAUGGCGGUGUGUCGACGGCGGGUGUCGGAGUCGGUUGCUGGAUUGAUGUCGGUCGGGUCUCGCGGACUUGUCGUAAGCCGAGCUCCAGAGAUAUUGUGUGGACGGAGGUGUAUAGUGCUGCUUUCUCUAUCGGCAACAAUGCUUCAGUUACUGAUGCCGAGUUGUCGGCGAUCGAACAUAUCAUUGAUGUUCUCCCACGGGUUGUUCACACAUACUUUGAGUUUGAACUGUUGUGACUUGUGAUUGCGUUGUUUUCUUUAUACUUGUGUGUUCAUGCAUGCACGUGUGUCGAAUAAGAGCUUCGCUUGACGGUCACUUGUUCUUUAUAAGAGCUUUGCUCCCUGCCUGCCGCACUCGCUGUGGUGGGCGGUUUGGCUCACCUGUAUGUUGCCCGUUUCUUGCUUGCGACUGGGCCUGGCGGCCCGCGCAGUCGACCGCAAAGACCGCAAAAGAUCAGGUUGACGGUUCACCGCCGGCGCCAGUUGGCCAACCCGGCUCGGGUGGACAAUGUGGCAACUCUGGGUCGGUUGGACGAACAUUGCGAGACUAACGCUAUUCUGAUCGACGCUAUUCGGGGAAGCUUCGAUGGUGGAAGAUCCUAUCUGGGCGUAGGCUGUGGCUGGCAGAUUGAUUUCCAUUUGUGCUCCUCUUCUGUUGCUGACUAUCCUGUCACUCUCCCGAGUGGCGUGUGGGAGCCCAACGUGGCUUCAUCCUCUUUCCUCCUUCCCCCCUCGAGCACUAUCACUGCAGCAGAGUUAGAGUCUGCCCGACAACUCCUUUUGGGAGUGGAGGAGUGCCUGCGUUUGGCAGGAUACUAGGCCUCCUUGUGUGGCUAUCGCCUGGGCGGUGACCCGACCCUGCUGUGGCGGCACGCAAUGCGCAAAAACCAAGGUUGCGGAAGCGGAGCUUACCUUCCGCUCUCCCGCGGCCUUGGCCCGUCGGGGACCCCUCGAGCCGCGUCGUGCGGACAGGUUGUGCAUGCACACGUAACGUGCAUCUCUGUGUGCCGAACGGGUGAUCUGUCGGCAUUGGAUUGAUUAGUUGUUCUUGCGUGCCCCUUCCUUGUGCGGCAUCAUGACAGCGCAAUUUUGUUCGAUGAGUUCUGUUUCGACCAGUUGGAGAAGAAAAACAAGGAUAAUCAAACUGGUGAUUUGUAGAGAAGCUGUAUUUGAUGUUGUGCAGUUUAAUGCUCGUGAUCCGUAUUUUGUGGCUGAUCCGAAUACUUUCCCCGCGUUUGGCUGGUUUGAUAACCUCGAUGAUUGUGCGCGAAACCCAUGCCCGUUUCAGGGGAACUCGGAGGAGAAGGUCAGUAUAUUGUUGAGUUCCUUAUCGGUGCCAACUGCUGGGCCAACUGAUCGUGGAGAAGCUUUCUCGUCUCAUUCGGUUGCGUAUUCUCCAGAUGUGGUGCAGUCUCCUGAUGGUGGGCUGCAGUCGAGACUGGGCUCUGUUUCUUUUGAUCCUGGUGUUCAGAAUGAGGAGUUGCAGGACGAGGAGUUGCAGGAUGAGGAUUUGCAGAGUGAGGAGGUGCUGAAUGAGAAGUUGCAUUAUUCACAGCAUACUGUUUUCUUGGACUCAAGCUCUGAAGUUUGCCACACUCCAUUUCCUGACACUCUGUCGGCUUCUGUUGACCCAGGUGUUCGGAAAGAGGAGUUGCAUGAUGAGGAGUUGCAGGAUGUGGGGUUGCAGAAUGAGGAGUUGCUGAAUGAGCAGUUGCAUUAUUCUCAUCAUACAUAUUAUGCGGCCUCACGCCCUGAAGUUUGCCACACUUCAGCUUCUGACGGAGACUCAGCUUGCCAUGGAAAGGAAGCUCUACGAGUGCAAAGGGAAGGUGGAGGCCCCGAGGCGCUGCCGUUGGCUUCCUCGAAAACCCACGGAGAGUGCGAAGUCGACCAGCGUAAAGAUAACUGUGCUUCUUCUUCCCGGCUCUGUUCAGAUGAGUUGCAGAGCAAUCGAUCUGAGUGUCAAGCUGCCAGGGACUGGGCCCGUGCCAAUGGCGAUGCAGAUGCUCUUUGGCGGGAAUUCGAACGGCUCCCCAAAGAUGAGUUUCAUGCUCGGAUAGAGGCGCUCAAGGCAUGCAAACUUCGAAUGGGAAUUGAGAGUCCCGAGGAGGCGCCGAGUCCAGAGGGGGAUGCUGGCCGUGGGAAAGGCCAGAGGCACCGCAGAAACAGGAGGCGGGCAAGGGCGAAGGCUCAGGCAGUUCUAACUGGCUCUUCUAUGUCAAAGUCGACCCAUCCAUCUACUUGCGAUCCUCCCCAACCUCCGUCCUCUUUUGCGGACUUGUGCAGUUCUUCAAAUCACGUAGAGUGCGCCGGCACGGCUACCACAUGGGUGCUCCAGAGGCACAUCACGCGCCUGCUCGUGGCGGACCACCUGCAGAAGGAGGACGCUGAUUGGGAUGCGGUCUUCCACGCAUGGGAUAAAAUGGCCACCCUGCGAGAGAGGGCAAAUGUCUAUUUGAAACAGGCUACUCUGCACCGUCUGUGUGAGGCUUACCACCGUGAUGGGGAGGAGGACGCGGACAUCCAGAGACUCUGGGAGCAGUGUCGGUUGGACAAGAUAAGGAUGCACCGUAUUGCGGGGUGGUGCUUCGGACAUUGGCGGUGCUUGACAUUCUAGUCAAGUGGUGCUCAACGGUUGAUGGAACAACGCUUGCAGAGCCACAUUAGGAACCUUCGUGUAACCUUUUGGCCUCCUCAUCAUAAAGAUUCUAUGGCUUCACACCCUGGGAGUUCCACGACUGGGAGUUUAUCUGAUGCAGUUGUGAGUUCAGCAGUGACGGAGGACGAGGAAAAACGUAACCGCGCAGAUUAUUUGCUUCAGUUGGCGUGUAAUUCAAGGAUCAGGAAAUACUGCUUCCGCAAGUCUGGCUGAGUAAAACUCGUUCACUCUUUCACGGCUGCCACGCUGUAUCGCCUUAUAGCCUCGGGUGCCGAGGAAAAGGCUGUGUUGCUUGAAGCGCUUCUUCGGGAUCGCGCGAGACUUGGCCCGAUAGCCAAUUUGACCCAUCUGUCGACGGAUAUCAGAGACUUUAGUCACCACAGACUCGUUCCCAAAAGCGUUACGGAAGCCAUGAGAUACGUGACGAAUUUUCAGGAUGAAUGGAUGCGUCGCAAUGUAAAGAACUACCGCGAGUUGGCGGCCAAGGCGGGAUACCCAAUUGAUCGAUUGAUUUAGUGAUUGCACAUAGGCUGACAUGGUUGGCCAGAACCAGAAAUUGUUACGUUGUAUUCCAUACUUCCCUUAUUGAACAUGCGAGUGAAACAAAACUAGACGGCCUCCGUGGAUUCUUCUACGGAGGUCGCUCUGUGGAGGGAUGUGCUGCAGGAUGGUGUUUAGGUUUGUGUGUACACGGGACGUGGCUGUUCGUGGCGGAGGAAGCUUUCUCGCUUGAUGCCUCUGCUUCUGUCGUGUUCUGUGUGAUGUUUGCAGCGCAACGGCUCUGUAUGGCCGUGGUGCACGAUUUGGGUAGCCUCUUUCAUCUCUAACCUGUUCCUACACCUUUGCAAUUUCACAUGUCGUGCUGCAUCCUUUUCCUUGUUCCUGCAUCCUAUUCCGAUGCCUAUGCCUCAGUGGCUCGGCAGUGUGAUGAUAAGAGAUGCCUUCUCUAGCUACCCUGUGCUCCGUUUGGGAGUUUUAGGGCUCAGCUGUCACAGCUGUCUGCGCCCUGACUCAAACUCAA